AUGAAGAUCGCUACCAUUACUGGCGCCUUGGCCUUUGCCCUGUCCGCCGCUGCGGCCCCCGGCACCAACCUCCCUCCGCGCAACAGUGACGCGAAGUGCGCUUGCCCGACCAACACUGCCCAGCCCAAUGGCAGCCUCGGCAAGUCUUUCGUCUCUACCAGCCUCCUCGUCCCCAUCGCCAAGAGCAAGCCCAACUACGCCUUCCCGGCGACCAAGUGGGCGCAGGUGACCCCUAAUGACAUCUGCACCGUCUUCAACCUCGACCUGCCCGUCGCCCAGACCCAGGGCAAAGUGUGUAACCUUGUCUUCGACUUCCCGUCUUGGGAGAAGGCCCCCAACAAGUUCAUCUUCAAGGGGCCAGGUAACUUCAAGUUCACCGGCUAUGCUAUUGGCGCCGGUGCUGUUGCCGGCCAGACGACGUAUAAUCAUCAGCCCGCUGCCGGACCGAGCCCGCCCAAACCCCCGCCGACCAUGACUCCCGGGCACAGCUAUAUCAUCAACAGCGCCCCAUGUGGCAUCCCGGCUGAUGUACCUGGCAGCGUGACCGUGUCAGGCAGCCUCUGCUCGCCCGACACAGCAUUCUCCUUCUAUCAGAGCAACGAUGGCUGCCCACUUGGCUUCUUCGUUGUCCUGACCGAUGCCUAA